AUGGAGUUCGAAGACGAAAUGUACUGUGGUACUUCCUCACGCUCUAACAGCCGUCCUCCGCCUCGGGCGCGCUCCCAAGCCCCGCAGGAGUCCGUGAAACAAUUCUGGGAACAAUUUAACACAAAGUACCCUGGAAAAGUGUACACGGUACUACCUGACAAUCCCUAUGCGCGCACUCGCGCGAAGCGAGUACCUAACGGUGUGGUUCAGGGCCAUGAGGCCGUGAAAUCAUUUGAACAGGCGAAGAAGGAGUGUCAGAAGUCUGUGGCUCGACUUGUUAAGGAGUGUGAGCGGGUGAAUCAAAAGUAUACAGAUCCUCAUUUUGAUAUUGAGUUGGAUUUGAAAUCGGGGAGAAAGAAUUAUCUCUAUGGGUUGGAUAAGACGAAUGAGGAGAUGAGGCCACGAGGUGUUAAGCGAGUUACGGAAAUCUUUGAGAAACCCCAUUUUUUUGUGAAUGGACCGACUGCGUCGGAUGUUCGUCAGGGAUAUGAUGGUGAUUGCUGGUUGAUGGCAGCAUUGUGUACUAUGGGGAACAAAACAGAAUUAAUUGAUAAGAUCUGUGUUUCCCGGGAUGAGAAGGUUGGAAUUUAUGGAUUUGUCUUCUAUCGCGACGGCGAAUGGCAACAGUGCAUUGUUGAUGACAAGCUGUAUCUUCGUGCAGCAGACUAUGAUGAAUCGGUUGAUGAGCGUCCUCUCUGGGAUGAUAUCAAUGGUACAGACGCAGAAGAAGAAUACCGCCGAGUCUGGCAGACAGGCUCGCGUGCCCUCUAUUUUGCACAGUGUGUGGAUCCAAAUGAAACCUGGUUGCCUCUUCUGGAGAAAGCAUUUGCCAAAGCCCACGGUGACUACUCUGCAAUUGAAGGAGGCUUUGUUGGUGAAGGAAUCGAGGACUUGACUGGCGGUGUCACUUCAGAGAUUCUAUCAAGUGAUAUUCUGGAUAAAGACCGUUUCUGGAACGAGGAGCUGAUGAAGGUCAACGAGGAAUUCUUGUUUGGAUGUGGUACUGGAUUGUUCUCAAACUGGCUGGAUCCGAAGUAUAAGGGUCCUCCACGCGAUCGAAAAGGUAUCUCAGAGAAUCACUCGUACUCGAUUAUGGAGGCACGAGAGAUCAAGGGAUAUCGACUGUUACGUCUCCGAAACCCAUGGGGCAAAAAGGAAUGGCAUGGCGAUUGGGGUGAUGGGUCUGCGCAGUGGACAGCAGAGUGGAUGCAGCUCCUUGGCCAUAAAUUCGGCAACGAUGGAUUCUUCUGGAUCUCAUACAAAGAUCUUCUGCGAAAAUACCAGCAUUUUGACCGUACCCGUCUUUUUGGACCCGAAUGGACAAUUACCCAGCAGUGGACAACGCUGAAUGUUCCCUGGUCUGCGGAUUACCACAGCACCAAGUUUAUGAUGAACGUCACACAGGCUGGUCCUGUCGUUAUUGUUCUAUCUCAGCUUGAUACUCGAUACUUCAUGGGUCUUCAGGGCGAAUACAGCUUCGUUCUGAAAUUCCGCGUGCAGAAGGAAGGUGAAGAGGAGUAUACGGUGCGUAGUCACAGCAGCCACUUCAUGCGUCGAUCCGUCAACGCGGAAAUCAACCUUGAACCGGGUCGGUACCAUGUUCUCAUGAAGAUUACCGCAUUCCGAAACGAGGAGGUUGAGUCGACCGAAGAGAUUGUCCGUCGCCUUGCAUCAGUUCGGAGGGAGAAGCUUGUCCAGGUUGGACUCUCGUAUGAUUUAGCCAACGCGAAGGGUCUCGUUGCAGAGACAGAACAAGAAAAAGCCGAGAAGCAGCGUCGAAAGGCCUGGGAACGCAAGAAGUUGCGAGAUGAAACGAAGAGAAAACUACAGAAGGAUUUCAUUCGUGAAAAGAAACGGUCCGCUCGGAGCCAGCGCAUGGACGCCAUCUUUUCCAAUCCUGCUCCGAAUGGCUUAUCGAAUGGUACACAGAUCCUGGGUGGGAAGCCUACUGCAUCGCCUACAGAGAGCAUCUCCAGUGAUGGCAGUGGCCGGCGACAAACUUUGAAUGGCUCGGUCCCGAAGAUUCAGUUUCAUGACACUAACGGUCUGCAUACUCGUGAUGCUUCGACUGCUUCUCGUAUGCGUCGAAAUGAGUCACCUCGGCCGAGUCUUAACACUCGUCUAGCAACAGACAACUUGGAGAUGAGUGACUUGGAAUUGCUGGAUGGCUUCGAGUUUGACAGUGAUCUCGAUAUGCCGCAGGAAGCGGAGACAAAGCCUCCUAGCUUGAUGCCUGAGCUCGAGGGACCUGCUCCCGAUCCGUGGAAUGCUGUUUGUGUGGUUGGACUACGGGUCUACUCGAAGGACCCGAAACUCAGCCUGCAGGUGAUGCAGCCGGUGGCUGAUGACGAUACGGAGGCUCCUCUUGAUAUGGAUGACCCAGCUGCAUCUGCCACUAUUGAGAAGUCAUUUUGGGGAAACGCAUGA